AGUGCUCGGACGUCACCGAGGGGCAACCGCGAGAAUGCGCUAGCUCCCAAACCAGCUAGACAUCGCUAAGCGAAAGCCACGGUUAGCGCCUUCCACACCAUCAAUUCAAUUCACCAGCGCCGAAACUCUCAACAUCUCGACUCCCGACAGUAUCACGAUCACAACCGUCGCAAUGUCUACCUCCGAGCUCGCCACCUCUUACGCCGCUCUCAUCCUCGCUGAUGACGGUGUCGACAUCACUGCCGACAAGCUUCAAUCCCUCAUCAAGGCCGCAAAGAUCGAGGAGGUCGAGCCCAUCUGGACGACCCUGUUCGCCAAGGCUCUUGAGGGCAAGGAUGUCAAGGACCUGCUACUGAACGUCGGCUCAGGCGGCGGUGCUGCCCCCGCUGCCGGAGGCGCUGCUCCUGCCGCUGGCGGUGCUGCUGAUGCCGCACCAGCUGCUGAGGAGAAGAAGGAGGAGGGAGUCGGACGAGGACAUGGGCUUCGGUCUCUUCGACUAAGCGUCUCGUUUCCCUUCCUUUCUUCGACAUUUGCCUUUCUCGGGGUUGCAAAACGGAUUCAUCAGCGGGCAUAUUCCCAUUGCUGGGGUGGGACAGUCACGACUAUUCGGUGACACGACUUGCAUACGGGCCCUCCCGGAAGAACAAAGACGGCGUCAUGAGAUAUGUUAGGUCGGCAGGUCAAUGAAUACUUCGAAAAGUGCAAAGAACGGACACAUGAUGUGAUGUCGCAGAACAGAAUUACUUCGGCUGCGACAACAUUUCAAGAACGGUGAUCCAUUGGUGCAUGGCCUUGGAC